AUGCCGCCGUUCCUCGAAAUCCAUUCAGUUUAUUUUGAUAUAUUUGCCAGAUAUUUGACAAAAUCUUUAGUUAAAGAAAAAUGUAAUAAUUCGAAAUAUAUUGAUGGAAAUUUACUAUGUAAUGGUGAUAAUGACUGUGGUGACUUAUCAGAUGAAUGGAAUGAUUACUGUGGAAAAAAAGGUUCAACGAAUUUUGUCGUUCAUUUGCCACGAAGGAAAAAAGCACCUCAAUUGGAAUUGGAACCUGAAACUAAUCAAGAAAUUUUAAAUCAAAUUCUACCAUAUGCGCCAGAAUUAAAACCAAUAGUACCACUGAUCGUAAAACCGAUAAAUCCCAUCAAUGAAAAAAGUGGUCUUCAUUCCAGAAAUACUGAACACCUUUCAACCAAAACAAAUGCUAUCACCAAUGAAAGAUGA